AUGUCAAGCUUCCCCUGGGGGAACCACAGCUCCAUCUCAGAGUUCAUCCUUCUGGGUUUCUCCAGGGAUUUCAAAGUUAAUGUAAUCAUUUUCAAUAUCUUCCUCUUCCUCUACCUCUCUACACUUAUGGGCAAUGGACUCAUUGUCACCUUGAUCCACCUGGACUCCCGCCUUCACACACCCAUGUAUUUCUUCCUCAGUGUCCUUUCCAUGCUGGACAUGAGCUAUGUCACUACCACAGUGCCCCAGAUGUUGGUACAUCUUGUUUCCCAGAAGAGAACUAUCUCCUAUUGGGGGUGUGUGGCCCAGAUGUACAUCUUUCUGGUGUUAGGCAUCACAGAGGGAUGGUUGUUUUCUGUCAUGGCCUAUGACAGGUAUGUAGCUAUCUGCUACCCACUCAGAUACAAGGUUCUCAUGAGCCCAUGGCUGUGUGUGGCAAUGGUAGUAUUUUGUGGACUAUGGGGUGUCAGCUGUUCUCUAAUCUACACUGUCUUCACCAUGCGGCUGCCCUACUGUGGCCCUCAUGAGAUCAAUCACUUCUUCUGUGAAGUCCCUGCUGUUCUGAAGCUUGCCUGUGCAGACACGUCCCUUAAUGACCGAAUAGAUUUCAUCCUGGGCUUUAUUCUUCUCUUGGUACCACUUUCCUUCAUCCUGGCCUCUUAUGUCCGCAUAUUUGCCACCAUCCUAAGAAUCCGUUCAGCCCAGGGUCGACUCAAGGCCUUUUCUACCUGUGCCUCCCACAUCACUGUGGUCACCAUGUUCUGUGGACCUGCCAUGUUUAUGUACAUGAACCCUGGAGCCAAUGCCUCUCCAGAGAGGGACAAGAAGCUGGCUCUGUUCUACAAUGUCAUCUCUGCCUUUCUCAACCCUAUAAUCUACAGCCUCAGAAACAAAGAUGUGAAGAGGGCUUUCUUCAAAGUGACGGGCUGUGGAAGAGGCUCUGAGUGA